UUCGUUAAGGAACGUGGGAUUGUGUGUGAACCUUGACAAGACGCCCAGGCGAGAACCGUUUCUUCGUCCUCUCCUCCACUCCUCGCAUCGGAUUCCCUCUUGCAAUGAUGGUUCCAAUUGGUGGAUUAACAUGCUGCCUGAGUGCAGCUGCACUUUACCUUCUUGGAAGGAGCAGCGGAAGGGAUGCCGAAAUUCUGAAAUCAGUUACUCGAGUUAGCCAAUUAAAGGAAUUGGCUCAACUACUGGAUACUGCGUGCAAAGUUUUGCCUUUGGUAGUCACUGUGUCUGGGAGGGUUGGCUCAGAUACACCAAUCAAUUGCGAGUACAGUGGUUUACGGGGCGUAAUUGUGGAGCAAACGGCAGAGCAGCACUUUCUGAAACACAAUGAUGCAGGAUCAUGGAUACAAGAUUCAGCUUUGAUGCUCUCCAUGUGCAAAGAAGUUCCUUGGUACCUGGAUGAUGGCACUGCCCGUGUACAUGUUGUUGGAGCCCGUGGUGCCACGGGUUUGGUAUUGACAGUUGGAAGUGAAGUGUUUGAGGAGUCAGGACGGUCCCUUGUGCGUGGAACUUUGGAUUAUCUCCAAGGUCUGAAGAUGCUUGGAGUCAAAAGAAUUGAACGUGUUCUUCCAACUGGUACACCCUUGACAGUUGUUGGUGAGGCUGUUAAGGAUGAUAUUGGAACAGUACGAAUUCAGCGACCCCACAAAGGCCCCUUUUAUGUCUCUGACAAAACCAUUGAUCAGCUCAUUGCAAAUCUUGGGAAAUGGGCAAGGUUGUAUAAGUAUGCCUCAAUGGGGUUUACUGUGUUUGGGGUUUAUCUUCUUGCAAAACAUGCUUUCCAAUAUAUAAUGGAGAGAAAGCGUCAUUGGGAAAUGCGAAAGAGGGUUCUUGCUGCUGCCGCAAAAAGAGCCGGGCAGGAGGAAGAAGGUUUAAAUGGUAUAUCUGAGUGUGGAUCAUCAGAUCAUACCAAGAAAGACAGACUGAUGCCAGAUUUAUGUGUGAUAUGUCUAGAGCAGGAUUACAAUUCAGUGUUUGUCCCGUGUGGUCAUAUGUGCUGUUGUAUGGCAUGCUCUUCGCAUUUGACAAACUGUCCACUCUGUCGAAGACAUAUUGAUCAGGUAGUUAAAACUUUCCGGCAUUAAAUGUUGUUUGAGGUUCCAGCAUUGAAUGGAAGUUGAAGUUGCUCACCAAAUUGGAAGACAGUUAGAUGACCGUAAAGAUGUUCGGUUCAGCUCUAAAUUUAAAGUUGUGAGCUGUUUUCAUCAUUUCCAUGGAACUUUCUUCUUAUAUACACGGAUUGUAAGAAAUUUCAUUACCCAUGGAUUUCUGCUCGAGAAAUUUCCCGAUUUGUCCAAUUACUUUUUUGUUUUCUUUUUUUUUUUUUUUUGAGUACUCCUGAUAUUUUCUUGUGACAUUUGUAAAUAAUAUCUCAUAUGCUGUGAAUUACAACAAAUCUAUAUCGAUAUGUAAUGUGCUUUCGCUCUUCA